CAGCACCGCGGCCAUGUGCGCGGGGGCGGAGCGGUUCCGCCGGCCGAAGGCAACCGCAGACAGCGCCGGUCGGUCGGGCGGGCGGGGAUGCUGCGUUACAGCUCCGGGCUCACCGUCACCGCCACCACCCCCCGGAGGCCGGCCGGCGGCGACGGCCGCUCCCGGCGGAAGAUGAAUGUCUGUAGGUUACGCUUAACUGUUCCACCUGAUGAAGGCUCACAGCCUGAACAGGGAGUGAAGGAAGUUGAAAGAAAGAAAACCGAGCUCUACCAUGUACCAAAUGGCAUGUCUCCAGGGAAGCUGUCCCAUGGGAUGGUGUAUGGCGUCGUGCACCGAACUGACAACAACCAUAAGAGAGAGAUGGUGGUUUACGGCUGGUCAGCUGAUCAGCUGAAAGAGGAGAUGAAUUACAUUAAAGAAGUAAGAGCAACUCUGGAAAAAGUUAGAAAGAAAAUGUAUGGUGAAUAUGAUGAAAUGAAACGAAAAAUACAGCAGCUUACGAAUGAACUGAAAGUGACAAAUGCUCAUCAGGAAUCCUUAGAGAAUCAUGUGCGAGUGCAGGCUGCAGCCUUAGAUAGCUUUAGUGAAAUGAACAGCUCCUUGACAUCAGCAUCAAUAGACUUGCAGAAAACUCUAGUGGAUGUUACAUUGGAGAACACUGAUAUAAGGGAACAAAUAAGGAAUUUAAAACAUACACAUGAGCAAUCUAUGGAAAAGCUGAGAGAGAAGCAGAAGCAACUGGAAACAGCACAAAUUGAAAAUCAGUUACUGAAAUUAAAGGUGGAAUCGUCACAGGAAGCCAAUGCUGAAGUCAUGAGAGAGAUGACAAGAAAACUGUAUAGUCAGUAUGAGGAAAAAAUGCGAGAAGAGGAACAAAAACAUAAAGCAGAGAAAGAAAUCCUCCUAGAGGAAACAAAUCGGCUUCUGAAGGCUAUUGAAGAGGCAAAUAAGAAAAUGCAGAUUACAGAAACAAGCAUACAGGAAAAAGACCAGAGAAUCGGUGAGCUGGACCGGCUGAUUGAACGCAUGGGAGAGGAACGUCACCAGCUGCAAAAACAACUUGAACUACAUGAAAUACAAAUAUCUGGAGCAAAAUCUGAAGACAACUCUGACAGCGAAAGGUCACAGCAUUUGGAGGAGGUAGCAGCUAGCCUAAGAGAGCGAAUCAAACAUCUGGAUGAUAUGGUCCACUGCCAACAGAAGAAAGUCAAGCACAUGGUUGAGGAGAUUGAAAUGCUAAGGAAGAAAGUAAAAGAAAAGGAAUUAUUUAUAAUACAGCUUUUAGAAAAAAUCUCUUUCUUAGAAUGUGAGAAUAAAGAAUUACAAGAUAAACUGGACUACUUAAUGGAAAACCAACCAAAGACCAAUAUAGAAACCAGAGAUACGGGUGUAGAAUGUGAUCUUCCAUACAGUCCAAGUACGGAGAACAGAGGAUCUCCUGAAAGCACCAGGCCGGUGAGGACAUACACCCCGUUCAAGAGAGUGUUGGAAUUUAGUACAAAGAACAGUACAUCUUGAGCGUUCAAGUCAACGUGCUUUCUAAAUAUGAGCAAUUAUCUUGCGCCUUUGCAGCUUGAUUAGAUAAAUUUUUAUCAAGUCAUAGAGAAGAACAGCAGCAUGGAGUCUUGCUAAAUUUAUUCUGAAAGCAGUUUUUCAGUGACUUCGUAUCUGAAGUUACUACUGACAUUAACUGUGAGGGGGAUACGGAAGAAGUGGGGUGAGUGAAAUAGCAGUGAGUAUUGCUUCUUUAGAAGCUACCUAGUGCAAUGUGUCAUUUCAAAUGCCUGUAAGGAAGGAGUUGUGCAGCUGUACAGGUGGUUGUUUUUUUUUCUCCAAUUGUGUUGUAAUUCUGUUUGUAUAAUGAAGCUCUAAUGUAUUUUAUUUCCACUACUACUAGAAGCAGUAUCUGAAGCUGCGCUGGCAGAGGGCAUUAGUCUGAAAGCUCCCCCUAGAACCUGUAGGAAGUGUGAGGGCUGUUCACGGCUGUCACAGACCUGGUGUAGUUGAGGGCUCUGUUCACCUGGCAGAAGUUCACUUGUAACCAGCAGGCUCUUGCUGGGAGGGAGAGGUGCAACCAAUUGUUCCAAACAGUUCCCUCCACGAGCAGAUGAAUGUUGGGUUUGUGCUCCAAACAGUAACCAAUGGAGCAGAUUAGAAUGGAUUUUGCUUUGUUGGACUGAGGCACUGGUUUGCACUUCCUCAGUCAUGGGAUAGAGUGCCUAUUGGUGAUACACUCAACAGUAAUUGUGUAGGAAAAUCCCUGUCGCUUCUUUUAUUUACUUUUCCAUUGUCAUGAAAGAGAAUCUUGUGUACAGCAACCUGCAGCAGUCCCUGCAGGUCCUACAGCAAAGGCAAUCCUGAAUCAGGAUUCUGAUUUUUGAGUACUCUUUUUUCUUUUUUUUUUGUUUUCUCCAAAGCACUUAAAAUCUUAUCUUUGACUUCAAAGUACCAGCAGGAAUGACUGUAUCUAGUACUGAACUUAUUUAAAUAUAUAUAAAGGGUAUUUUUUUUACAUCUUGUUUUCAUCUCCCAGUCUUAGUGAGCUAAAAUGAAUUAUGAAUAUUUUCUUGUAGUUCUAUUAACAUGAAUGAAGGGCAUUUUUUUUUAAUACAGUAACUGCUAUAGAAAACAACUUAAGUUUUGUAUGAUUAAUAUUGUUCUUGCAUUGAAUGUCAGUCCCAGGAGGUACUCACCUUGCCACAUGGCUUCACGAAGUGAUUGCUUUUAUCUCCAGUCUAAUGCAAAUUCUUAAAUUCAGUAGUCUGUUCAAAUUAAGUAUUCUCAGUAGAGUUGUAUUUAAAAUAGUAAUAUUGACCUCAUAAUCCAAAUCUUAUUCCUGUAUUAUUUCAGGGCUUUCUGAAUUCGUUAGAGAACUUUGCUUACUCUGUUGCUGUGCUGUUGAACUACCAAAUAAAGAAGCCUGUAUUGAAGGAUGUUUUGAUGUGGUACAGGUAUCUGGCAGGAACAUGAAUUACUUGAUAUAAUCGAAGCAUAUACAAAAUAAAAUGAGAAGCUCAAACUUCUCAAGCUUUUGUGCUCAGAUCACCUUCUGUUUGCACAUAAGCUAUGUUUUUUCUCGUGACCUGUUCAGCUCCUGAGAACUUAAAAUGGUCAUUCUUUCUAUAAAGUCAAACACAGUAUUAUGGAUUGUAUUAUGCACAAAAUUAAAAAAAUAACUGCAAUCAAAGCCAUUAAUAGAAAGGUAGAUUAUCUACUGUGUGAAGGAAGCCUGUAAUCUUCACUGGUCUAGAAGUAGCGAACAUUGACAGCUGCUCAAUGUUUGGUUUGGUUUUUUUUAAAAAAGAAUAAUUAAAAAAUACAUUGUUCAUUUAAUAGCUCUAGAUGGAAACUCUGUUUACUUUGUGUGUGAUGAGGGACUGCAAAAGACCUCACAGACACCAAAAGGGCAAAGAAAACCCACCAGCUGCCACAUUAGUAAACAGGCAUAAUACCACACAUUUGCUUGAACAGAUUCUCCUGAAAAGAGGUACAAAACCUCUAGAGUGGGAAAGGGCUUGAAGCAAAUGUCCCUGAGAAUAAAGUCUGCUCCCUCUGACAACAGUCCUCAGACAAAGCCCUCUCAUGAUGCAAAGCAGAGGAAUUGUCUUGUACCGAAUACCAGAGACACAGAAAUGGCUGAUACGUGCAGAAGCUGCAGUCUGAACGGUGCAUGUGGUACUUCUGAUUGAAGUUUUGAUGCUGGAGUGAAUUUGGGAGACUGAGUUGGAACAAAGUUCCCAAGAAACAGUUAAUUUGAUCAAUAAAGAAAGGAAUUAUGGUUAUGAAAAACUAAGAUCAUGAAAUGAAAGUCUAAAAGAGAAUACAUUUAAAUUGGAAGCGUAUGUUGAUGAACCCAAAAGCUGAUGGGUAAUGAUCCAACUCAAAUUUCAGGGAUAAGCGUUGUACUCGUGUAAUCGUAUCCCCCUCUAGUGGCUGGUAACAGCAAAUAGUUGGACGGUAUCUGUUCCUGAAGACAAGACACUAAAAACUACACCCAACUGGCUGCAUUAAUGGCCAUUAGGGAUGCAGCUCCAGUGCAUUACGUAAUGCCUUUUAGCAUUUUUUGUGCCCAUAUAGUCCCUUCAAACUUAAGAUGAAUGGAUAAGGUGAUAUGUGUAAGAUAAAAGGAAAUGCAUGUUGCUGUAAAAGACAUUAACUGACAAGUUUAAAUAAGUAAUGUACUUUAUUUAUACCUUCUGUUUUUAACCACAAUUCAGAAAACAGACACAGAUGACUGUGAGGUGCUCAGUCAAUGGUUGGAGAGGGCAGGAUGAAGUAUCAAAAUGCUGCUUUGACACAGACUUCAAAAGGAAGUUCUUCCUACUUUUAAUACAUUCCUGAGGAUCUCCUCUGAAAACACUGCAAGUUGUUUUAACUCUGAGACUUGCAAAAUGAUGAUCCUCUGCUCAAGACUUUACUAAGACUGCAGCAAGAUGUUGAAUUUUUCCUGUAAAAGUUUUUUGUGUAAAUUUUGUCUCUGCUAUUUGAUGAAAUAAUGUGUUGGGGCUUUUUUCUAAACCAAAUAAGGAUUGAAGAGCAUAUUUUAGGAGCAUUUUGACAUGCAAUAAGCAGGGUGACUAGUCAUAGUUGGACUACUAAUCUAACUCUGGUGACUGUGAAGAACAGGAGAGGAACAGUAUUUAUAUAAUUGUUACAUGAAAAUGUAAAGCUUUCCAGUCAAAUGACCAGCAAUGUAAAUUAGCAUAGAUAAUAACAAAUCUGACUGAAAAACCAUAACACUUCAGUAUAAAUUUUGUCACUUUGAGAUUGGGUUAAUUAGUAUCAUAACAUUAGAAACUAGUAAAAAUUCUGUAAACAUCAAUAAAAGCUAUGUAGGUAGCUCCCAGAAAGUGCAUUAAAUAUAAGUCAAUUGUUUGACUACAUUUGUAUCAUGAUAAGUAUUCUUUUGUGAUUUGUUCCAGAGACUCUGGAAAGUAUUUUGGGAUACAGUUUUCAUAUAUGCUGUAUAAAUAAUGUAGUUACAUUGUAUGCUUUUAAUACAUCCUGUAUGUAGGACUUGAGAAGGAUCAAUUGCAAUAAAUGCUGUAUUUAAACUUUCUAUUCUGUUGUGUCAACAUUCAUGUAGAAAUAAACUUACCUUAAAACUUUA